AGAGAGAGAGAGAGAGAGAGAGAGGGGAGAGAGAGGGAGAGAGAGUAUGUGUGUCUGUCUGCGCAGUAUAAAAACAGAGUUUGCUUAUAAAAGACUGUGAUAAUCUUAAGAAUUGUGAAUUAGAGAGAAAGGUUUAAAAUGAAUGUUAUAAACUGUAAGUAGAAAAUAAUUUAGUGAAUAUAUAAUUGCAUGGAAUUUAACAAUACAGUCAUUUCUGAGCUCCACAUACUGUAUAUUUAAAUACGUAUAUAUAUAUAUAUGACGGUAACAGCAUGCGUCUGUCGCGCGCCGGGCCUUCGAUCAGUCAAACAGAGUCAGCGGUGCGACAGGUGCGUUGGAAGCUGUGAGUUUGUCACAGGUGUACACACGGGGAAAUAUUAUAGAGGAAACAUUUUUAUAAUAUCGCCAAAGCGAACAUAAUAGUGCAAGAGAGGUAGAGAGAAACAGAGAGAGAGGGAGAGAGUGUGUGAGAGCAAUUUAGUAUAUGGACUUCUACGACAACGGGGUAACGCCGCCGCUCUACAAGGUAAAUCUUAAUUAAUCGACGUCGCUACUCGAGUUAGAUUGAACAGCAAUUAAGUCGGAUUGCGACAGACGCUGGAAAUAUACAACAAUUUGGAGUUAAAUUAGCGGCCUAACUGUGUCGAGCGUCCGUCAUUUAUUCAUGAAGACGCCAAGAGACGCGACAAUACGGACAUAGCGUCGCAAUCACACGCGCAGUUAAGCCAGGCGUCUAUUUAAUGCGUCCCCCGUUACUGUUGCAGGCCAUUCGGUGUACGGCAAUCGGCUGCCAGUGCGACUGCUUCUCUCCGUCCAAAUCUGCUCGAAUCUGUAAUUCGUGCAAGCAUACCUGGGUGACCCACGGUAAGUGGACGCAGGUGAGACUCGUCGGCGACAUCAAACGCUUAUUUUCCUAACUGAAAUUCGAUUGACGACAAACUCGGGGGCGAUGCCUAUCGGGGGACCGAAUGCGGUGAGAUGUGCGUUUUAGUGCGUCGGCUCGAGACCUGACGUAAUUCACUCACAUUCUAACGUUUGUCAUGAAUUAUGCACCACUUUUGCCUACUGAUGUAAAGUGACGCCCCGAUUGCGUCGUUCUCCGAGGCUAAUUAUCAAUCGAGGUCGCUGCGGUCUCCACCUAAUUUCUAAUCAUUUCAUCCUUACUCCUCAUUUCUAUACAGCCGUCGACAAGCUACAAUUGUCUGGUAGCCUCGUAGAGCCUGUUCAGGCAUCGGUCGUCUUCGAUUUAGCUUCUCUAAUCCUCUACGGCGCCCACGCGACGCCUAUACGGUCCAAAAUUCUGCUUGAUCGUCUUUUCUCCGUGCUCUCGCACGAAGAAGUCAUCCGAAUCCUAGCCAGAUUCGGCUGGACUUAUGAAGAUUACGCCAGAGGCUACGUUCUACAGGAUCAAAGCGGUCGCGUGCUCGAUAAAUGGACGAUGGCUACAAGGGAGGAAGAGAAUUCAAUUUUGCAGCAGUUCCUUCGUUUCGGCGAAACAAAGUCGAUAGCUCAAGACAUCAUAAACCAAGAAGCGAAAGAUGCCCUUACACCCCAGGCAUCGCCGAAUAAGGCUAACGACGUAGACAUAAAACAGUUGAUAGAGCGAACGAGUUUAGCACAGCAUAACUUCUUCAGGCAAUACGACCCGCGAUUGUUCGCUGCCGCCCAUCCUGCUCAUUUUGCUGCCAUGGCGGCAGCAAGAUUUUUCCCGUUUGCGCAAAAUAGCGAACAAUUAAAAGAAGAGGUUAAAGUUUCUGACAAAGAGGUCGAUCAGCAUAGUACUUCUCCAACAUCCUCUAGUUCUCCACUAAAUAAGCUACAGACUAUGCAGCCUUUUGAUUUUAGACGAAAUUCUUCCCCCGAUACGGCAGCUAGCGAUAUGUCAAUGAGUCCUGCCACUUCUCCUAUAUCUUUCCCAAAGCCUGUUGUUAGGCUGGCAGAACCGAGAUACCCUCAAGUUCACGAUCAGCCCAGUGAAGAGGCUUUAGAUCUAUCAGGUAAAGGGUCAGAAGAUGGUAAUAAUAAUGGACGAAUUGAUUUAAAUGACAAGAGACAUGCAAGGAAAUCAGCAACUCCUAUAAAGAGACAAUGGAAUCCUACCCCUGCUUUUGGUUCAACUCUAAUUUCACCUUCUGGAAAGAAACGGGUACUAUGUACUGCUUGUAAUAAGACAUUUUGCGAUAAAGGAGCACUUAAGAUUCAUUAUUCUGCUGUUCAUUUAAAAGAAAUGCACAAAUGCACAGUUGAAGGUUGUAAUAUGAUGUUCAGUUCGAGAAGGUCUAGAAAUAGGCACUCAGCUAACCCAAAUCCAAAACUACAUUUACCCCAAAAGAAAAAAGAACUGCCUGAUGGGGCAAGAAUAGUAGACGAUGGAACAACGAAGACUUCUUUACCAUCAAGUUUAUUAACACCUCCUCCGACUCUCUCGUCUAUUAUGCCAUUAUCGGUUCGAACUGGUGAAGGAGUGACGCCUCCUUUAACCUAUUUAGAGGCUUCGGCGUUCGCGGCGCCUGCGGCAAAACUCGCUCGCCUAUCGACAAAUACCGAUGAAGAAGUAAAAGAGGUUGAGAAAGAAUCGAAAAAACCUGAAUCAAAACCAGAAAGGAGUUCUAAUAAGCGAAAAGGCGUGCCAACGAGAGUUCCCAGAGCAGAGGAGCUCGAGGCAAAGCUUGUUGCUUUAAUGGAAGAGGAGCAACGAAAGAAUAACCCAGAAUCAGAAGAAAUAGAAGAAGCAAAUUUCGAAGGUGUCUCUUCUGAUUCGGACGGCGAAACGGCCAAUUGGAAUUUGCAUGGAAAGUUGCCCCCAACGGACGAAAACGGCACAACGGAGGCCGACGACGAACAGCUGGAAAAUGCUCCAAAAUCGGAUCCGCAAGGGGAAGCGCUAUGCCAUGUUUGUAAUGACAGGUUCCGCGAUAAUCUUGUUCUGAAGGAACAUACAGAAAAGGUACACCCACGGGAGGUUUUUCACUGCACAGUUAGCGGUUGCGAUAAGAUAUUUUCUACGAGGAAGAGUCGGAACAGGCAUUCUCAGAAUGAUAACCUCCACCGGCACCUGGCCGCGGCCCUAUAGUUUGGACAAAUAAAAUUAGCGGGCGUAGCACUUGACUGAUUUUCUCUCAUCUUAUAAAUCCACGUUGGCCCGCUCGCUGACAAGCAUUGGCAGUGACGCGCGCGACGCCUCGCUAAUGCGUCGCGCGAUGAGCGGCGUCUCUAAAUAAAGUACGGAGAAGAUAACACACGUGGUCUCGCCCUCUCCAAGGCGUCAUUGAUAACAGACGGCUUCGAGGAAUGCGUCUUGUCAAAACAUGCCACACGCGUCUGUUCCACACUUUCUUUCUUCCCUUUUUUCUCUUUACACGGUUCCGUCUUCAAUUAACUACUGUAUAUACGCCAUAUACACGUUUAAAUAUGUCAAUAAAAUUUAAAUAUAUAUAUAUAAAUAUAUAUGUAUGUAUAUAACGCAUAUACAGCAUAUACCGUAUAUACUUUGGUACUUACGGUAUAUACUGUAUUUAUAUAUAUAUAUACAUAUGUAUUUAUAUAUAAUUAUAUGAAUUUUAAAAUAUACCAAGUAUAUCAAUGUAUAAUAUAUAAGUUAAAUGUUAUAUAUAAUAUGAAAAUCAUAUAAAUACGUAUUUAUUAAUUUAUUUAUUUAUAAAUGUGUGUUCUGCAAUUAUGUUUUUUGUCCCUUUUAUCUUUUCAUUUCUUUAUGAUUUUUUUUACGAAAAUCUUCCGUCUUCCGCACACGUGUAAUUCGUUGAACAGCAAUAAGAAAGCGUGUGUUUGUAUAUAGCUCUAGUUGCGUGUAACGUGAAUGACGUCAUUUGACUGGAGCUAUUUUAGGUCUAGUCGCAUGGUUUGCUGUGUAUACAUUUUUCUCUUCCUAUCAAAAAUUUCUUGCCAUGUGUUCUUUUUGCAGUGCACGACGUAGUAAUUUAUUGGAAUACAAGAAAUCAUAGACAAAAA